GGGGUGUAGCGGUGUAGGUAACCCUCCACCUCUCAUUGUCUUUUUGACUUUUCUUUAAUAUAAAUAUAUAAUAGUACAUAUAAUUGGUUCGUUAUAACAGCUCAAUAUACGUUAAACCUAUGCACUGUGUAGACACUUAAUUCGUAUUACUUCAUUUAAGUCGGYGAAAAUCCAUUUAUGGCGGUGAAUUUCCGUGUGUAGGUACAAUAUAUUUUAAUAUUGGUGCGUAUCAGUCGUUUCGUAUCGUAGRAACAGGUUCAUCGUUAUCAUACUAUACCUACUUGUGAAAGCAUUUAAUUCCUAUGAUAAUUCGUCUUUUAUAGCAAUUCGUACAUUUGGUUUAAUCGCCUGAAUUGUACAAUAAUAAUAGUGCGGAGUCCUGAGACARAUUUUUUUACCUACUCCCGAAGGUUUAACUUUAUGGUCUUAAUCGCUCGUACGAAGUGUAAUCGAUUAACCUACAAUAUAGAGCGUGAGCGGUCGAUCAAUCAGUGCUUGUUUUUUUUUCAAAAAAAAUUUCCAUCGCCGUGCUCGCAUCUUCUCCGUACACGCACAUUUACGUGUCGUAGGGUUAUCGUCGCCAUCACACGUCUCCGCGUGAGCGAUGAGACCGACAGCCGCCUACGCGUGUUUGGCCGCCAUGGCCGUGGCCGCAUUCGCCGUGGACGCGGCCGACCUGGACCUAGUGUUGCUGCACACCAACGACAUGCACAGCCGGUUUGACGAGACGGACCUGUACUGCAACGAGUGCCGCGAAGACGACGCAUCGCUGGGCCACUGUUACGGCGGCUUCGCCCGGGUCGCCCAAUUCGUGCGCGAUGAACGGCGAUUGGCCAACGAGAGCGGCUUGCCGUCGCUGUUCCUGGUGGCCGGCGACACGUUCCAGGGCACGCCGUACUUCUCGUUCUUCGAAUGGAGGCCCGUGGUCGACUUCAUCAAUCAGCUGCAACCCGACGUCAUGACUUUGGGAAAUCAUGAAUUUGACCACGGUAUCAGCACUCUUUUGUCAUACCUAAACGGAAUUCAAGACAUACCAACAGUAGUAUCCAACUUGAAUUUGACGACAGAACCGGAAUUAAAUAAUGUUGUACUGCCGUCAAUAAUAUUCAAUAUAAACAAUACAAAUGUGGGCAUCGUUGGAUGUUUGACAACAGAUACCCCGACCAUUUCCAAUUCCGGAGCUGUUGAAUUUUUUGAUGAAGUAGAAUCUUUGAAGAAAGAAACAAAAAAGUUACUUGAAAAUGGUGUUAAUAUAAUUAUUUGCCUUAGCCAUAGUGGUAUUGAAAAAGAUAAAAUAAUCGCCAAGGAAGUAGAAGACAUAGAUAUAAUUGUUGGGGGACAUUCACAUACAUUUUUGUACUCGGACACUCCACCCAGCACUGAAAAACCAUAUGGACCAUAUCCACUAUACGUGACUAACGUUAAAAAUAAAGCCGUACCAAUAUUACAGGCAUACGCAAAUACCAAAUACGUUGGCAAAGUUGUUUUAAAAUUUGAUUCUAAUGGUGACUUAGUUAAUAUCGAUGGUUCACCGACGUUAAUGAAUCAUGAAAUAAAACAAGAUCCAACAAUGAUGAAUGUGGUCGAUAAAUGGAAACCACAAGUAACUAGAAUUACAAAUUUAACAAUUGGGCGUACAGCCGUAGAAUUAAUAAACACUUGUCGGGGAGAAGAAUGCAACAUAGGAAACCUGAUAGCUGAUUCCUUUGUAUACUAUAAUGUUUUGAAAAAAGAAGUUUACAAUGAGGAUUGGACUGAUGCUCCUAUUGGGAUGGUUCAAGCAGGCGGUAUUCGUACUACAAUUAACGAAACUGAUCAUGAUGGUUACAUCACUUUGGGACAGUUGAUCAAUGUCACACCGUUUGUAAAUAAUCUUGUCAAAAUUACAAUUUCUGGUUCUACGCUUUUAGAAUCAUUUGAACACAGCGUUUCUGAUUAUGUAUUAAAUCAUGGUACAUCUAAAUUUUUACAAGUAUCUGGUGUUCUAGUUGAAUAUGAUUUGACACAGAAUCCAGGGAACCGAGUCGCUUCGCUGUUUCUUCGAUGUGGUCAAUGUAGCGUUCCUAAAUUCGAACCUUUGGUGUUGACUGCCAACUAUACAAUAGUGAUGUCCGAUUAUUUGGCAAAUGGUGGCAAUAAUUAUCAGACAUUUCAAAAAAGAAUAAACAGCGAAUUAUUAGGUAUUGAAGAUUAUAAUGCGACAUCGAUCUAUAUGCAAUCAAUAAGUCCCAUAACGAGUGGAAUAGAUGGCAGAAUCAACUUUAAACGUGAUAAAAAUAUCGAAAAAUCGGCAGGAUCUAUAAAUAUAUGGAAUUAUCGAUUAUUAGUGACUACAUUUAUUACUACUAUAUUAUUCUUUAAUGUUUAAAACGUUAUCUAAUAUUAAUUAUAAACAUUUAAAUAAGUAUUAUAUUAGUCGUAGUACCUCCACUGGGAGGCCUCUACAAUCCGUCAAAUCUGCCAUUUUAUAUAUUAUUAUUUUUUUUUAUCUUAGCUUCUAUCAUCAAUUAUUCUUAUUGUUCUCCUUUGAA